GAACGCGACCGCCAGGCAACGCCGUCCCCGUUCUUGCGCUCGUUGGCGACCGACAUACUACUCCCGACGACGAACACGACGCGUCCCAUGGCGUCGCCCUCAUCCUCCGCUACUACCCAAUCACCACCCCUGGCCUAUCUUGAGGCGGGCCCUGUGCCCUCUGCCACAUCGGAGGGCUCUACUGUCGACGAUGCCGAAGCUGAGGACCGGAAUAGUGCUAUCACGAAAUUUAUUGCGCGGGCGGAAAUAUCCAAGCUCACAUUUGACCUACGCUCUCGUCUUGCGUACGCUUCGUACAAGGCUAGUAACCGCGUAUCACACCUACCCAUCCAUGAUCUUGAAGUAAAGACACAAGCGGCGUCUUACGCGCGAUCUGUCCCCUCCAAGCGGAAGGUGACUACAUUCACCCAUAAUUCUGCGCCUCAGACCCCUAGAUCCCUCGCAAUGUCGACGCCACGCCCCGGGCAGAUGGCACCCCCGCCUCCAGUGACACGCACGUCGUCGUCCGGUCAGGGCGGAUCCGCUAACAGCGGACACAGCUUAUUCGCAGCGCUCCUUGGCGCGCCUCUGCCGAAGCACGCCAGGACCAUCCGCAACCCGAGUGCGCCCCCUGCGCCUGUGGCGUCGCGCGCGCCGAGCGUCCGCAAAGCCGCUGCCCCGCGCACGCGCACGCACAGUCACCCCGACAUCAAACGGUCGCGGCACCACCGAGGUAGGAGCAAGGAGAGACACACCCACAAGGGCAAGGGCAAGGAGAAGGAGCGGGGCGCGGGCGAUGACUCCGCGAGCGUCUCGACCACGAUGGACGACCCAGAUCUCACGAACGCCGCGCAGACGCUAGCGUCGUUCCUGCGCGCGUCGGUGUCGACGAGCGCCGCGUCGCCCCGCUCCAGCUUCUCCGCUGCCUCUGACGCGUCGAUUCCGCAGUACGCACAGAGCUCGGCGCGGACGACCACCGAGGCUGCCACGGCGGGGUCGUCCGCGACGGAACACCCCCUGACGCCCCCGCCGUCCCAGACGUCCCCUCCACCCCCUGCUGAUACUCCGAAGAGACCGGCGCCGACUGAUAAGGAGGCCGCCGAGUACAUGCUCAUCCUCGCGACCUCGCCGUCACCCGUGCGUGCCAGGCCGCAGGCGAGCCGAGAGGCGCUGCAUCGAGCGUCGUUUGGCGAGCUCGGCGGCGGCGGUUCGCGCGCGAUACAUUUUUCGGGCUCCCAAGCAAGUGCAGAGGGCGCCCCGAGCGAGAAUGCAAGGAGGGGCAAGGCGUUGACGAAAAAUGGCAGCUUCUCCGACACGAUUCCUGUGAUUGCGCCCGCGGAGACGCAGUCGCAGUCCACGGACGGCGGUAGCAGCCAGAUCCCAAGCGAACAGGACGCUCGUCCAGGUAAUGCGUUGACCCCGGCGAGCCUGCUGCCGCCGCCGCCGCCGUCCCCGCACCCGCGGUCGUCGUCUUCGCUGUCGAUAUUCCCGUCCGACCCCAGGCAGUACCAGCACGCCCCGCCCACCCCUGGUAAUUUCAAUAUGCACGAGUUUGUGAACAUGUCGCCGUCGCCGCGGACGCCAAUGAAGGCGCUGGAGACGAAACCUGUCCCGCCUGGUCCGCGGCCGGCGAAGAAGCUGUUCGAACAGGAGAGCCGCGAUAGCGGCGGGCAUAGUGCGCCCCUCGGGGGUGCGCUCGCGGCGGGGUUCAUGCCGAGUUGACGGACGCGGCCGAGGAGAGAGCGUUCCGACGUUUCCCUGAAGCAACCAUAGAAGUCUUGAAAGCCUAUUUAAUGCUCGCAUCUACUUUGACGAGGACCAUGUCAAGAUUAAUUUUAUUCGCAUGCAAGGACUAUGGUGAAUGGACUCUGUUGUACGACACCUCCGCCAAGCAAGCACAAGUCCGAUCAAACUUGUUGUAGCCUCAACGUCAAGGCCUCGCAUUGUUAUCUAUCUAUUCGAUUGGCAGGUCAAGUCACUUCUUGCGCUAUCCGCUCUAUGGACCAUGAACGGCCAGGAUCCUGUUUGUUUCUAUCUUCAACUGUCAUAUAAGUAUGGAGGAGGAGAGAGAAUUUUGUCUGUCUAUCUUUGUAAUAUUAGCUUGCUUCCUUGUUCCCGACCCAACCCAACCCAAUCCCUGCCUACCCCCAUGUGUGUUCCCCAUGUCCAUACUUGCUUUCGCAUAUGUUAUUUUAUUUUUGCCAAAC